AUGACAGAUAUCAUCACCAAUAAAGGACCAUUGGGUUACGUGUGGAUGGCUUCAACUUAUGAUAGGAAGCUCACCAGGAACCAACUACUAAACACUGAUCUUGUUCAAUAUAGUAACUUGAUAUCCCACUAUCGUAUUGGUGGCAACAACAGUAAUAAUAGUGCGGAAACAACUCCUGAUACAACUAUAACUACAACCACUACCAAUAAUAAUAAAUCCAUAACCCUUAGAUAUUCAGCUCAAUUGCUUUAUGGGGUCUCCAAGAUAUACAAUAGAAAGACCAAGUAUUUGCUUGAAGACUCUAAUGAAACAUUAACAAAGUUGAAACAUAGUUUAUAUGCCUCAGGAGCCAUUUCAGAAAACGCCAACUCCGUUAACGUUGAUCCUCAUAAAACAAUAGUAUCUGAUCUUAAGAGUCUUAUGCUUGAAGACCAAGUUACAAAGUUUGAUUUGCUUUAUCAAGAAGACUUGAACUUGGAUGAACAGGAUAGUGACGAUCAAUCAGCACAAACAAUAUUUCAACAAUUGGCUGCUAGACAGUUGGCCAACCCUAAUGAAUCUACCUUUGAUGAUUCAAUUGAAUAUGGAAGAAACUCUCCACUUAUAGGAGAUAGACAAGAUGAAAGCAACAUCAGUGACUUGGAAAUGGCUGACAAUGAAGCAGAAGAAGCAGAAGAAGCAGAAGACGAUGAGGAUUUAGAAUUGAACUUUGAAAGUAAUGAUAUGGCUGAUCGUUCAAUAGAAAUCGGAAGAGAUGCCCCACGUUCACCUCUAGCAGCAUUGGAGAACGAUGAUACUUCUAUAAUUGCUGGCUUGAAAGAAAGAGAGUUUGAUUUUGGAGGUUUUGAUCAACCUUUACAAACUCUUAGUGACAUUGAAGAUAAUGAUUUCCCUGCAUCUACUUCUGAUAAUGAACAACAGUUAGAUGAUUUUGGACGUCCAAUUUCAGCAGCAGUUGUUCUGCCACCUGCAUCCAAUAGACAAUCAACUAAUACCAAGAGAAGAAGAACAGGAAUCACUGAGCAAGGAGAAAUCAUUCUCAAUAAUAGAAAAUUGGUAGUGGAUGAUAUUGACCAAUUAGAAGGAAUCCCAUUCAACGCCCUUCGAGAAAACCAAGCAAGAAUAAUGCAUUCCACCAGAUUCUUAACCCUUGAAUUAUCUGAAACUCAAAAGUUGCAAUUGAUCUAUGAACUUUCUGCUCCACCUAGUAAGAAGAGAAAACUUUGGGAUGUUGAUUCUGAAUUGCAAGAUGCUUGUAUAAAAUUGGCACAACAAGAAGAGAAACAAAUGAGACAACAACAUGAAUUGCAAUUUAGAAGUUUUGAUGACUUUAAUGAUUUUGGAGAUUUUGGGGGGGCCGAUUUAUCACUACCAGAAUUGGAUUCUGACAUUUCUCGUGAUUCAGAUUCAGACAGUGAAUUACAUCUGCUUUAUGGGAAACAAACAGAUAGGGAGAAUUCAAUCAUAGAUAUUGAAGAAACCAAUGCUCAAUCAAGUAUUCAGAUUGCAGAACAAUUGAGAGAGAUCUUCAAGGACAAUCAAGAAACCAAUUUAACACAAUUAAUUGCUCUGGAUAAUCAGAUUCACGCCAUAAACCCUGAAAGGUUCCCCUUAUGGCAAUCCAAGAAUUUAAAUUCUGAGUUAAUACCUCCACCUAACAAUACUAGAAGAGAGGCCGUCAGAUGUUUAUUUGAAGUGUUAGUUUUAGCCACUAAUGAUUGUGUUAGUAUUGAGCAAGACAAUGAAGCCUAUAAGCUUCAAAAGGACUUUAUCAUAAAACCCAAAGACACCUUAUAUAGUAAAUUUCUUUGA